UCCAAAUCUCUUGCUUUAAACUUGCCGUUGAAAUAUUGAUGUGUAUAUCACACUAACAAAAUAGAAGAGAAAGGAAUCAAAAUUUAUCAUAAUGGAGAAAAUGGUGUUGAGCAAAGUAGUUCUUCUUGCACUUCUGUUAUCUCUUUCAUGUUUGUGGGUAGCUAAAGCAUCGGAAAGAAGAACGAGAGUUAGUCAAGAAGUGAGAGAUGCCAAAAAACAACGUGGAGGGCCUUGCACCGACGAGAACACUUGCCACCAGAUUUGUCCGGACUGUAUAAUCGCACAAUGUAUCUUCAAACAAUGUGUUUGCUCUAAGUGUUUCCUCCCUCCUUCACAAGCAGCUUUUAGUGUUAAAACAUUAAUGUAGCUCUCUUUUUCUCAUUUUUCUC